AGAAUGACAUUCCAAAAUUUUAAUCUCUGUGUGAUGUUUUUAUAUUCAGUAUUUUGAUGGUAAAAGUUAAGAUGGCAUUAUGUCUUUUUUUUUUUUUAAACCAAACACUUCUUGAUUUCUUGUGGUGUCUUCAGGUUUUUGUUUUUAAUUGAAUGUAUCAGUGCACCAUAAUACUAAUGCUUAGGAGAUCAUUUAGAUCACAAGCUGUAUUUUGUGAUUGAUUUUAAAAUUUGAAUUAUCCCAAUGGUUGAGAUUGUUUUUCUAGUCUCGAACCUUGAUCAAACAUUUUAGUAACUUUGAAUUAGUAUAUGACUGAACUAGAUGUAUAUAUUGGCAGUCUCCAACUUAGGAGUGAAUUAAUUGAAUUAUAAGAGUUUGUUUGUAACUGAUGAUAAUUACUGAUAGGUUAAGUGCUGCACAAGUGGUCCACAUUGCACAUGAAUCCCCAAAUACUUAUGUAAUCUACACUGUAGUUGAAUAUUGAAUAGCAGCACUAUUGUGUUACCUUCUUUUAUAACAAAGUAAUUUUCAAGUGGAAAUGCAAUACUUUUAAAGCCAUGUAGUAGACCUUCUAGGGUGAACUAGGUCUCCAUUUGUUGGCUGAUUAGGGUUGUAACUACCAGGUAUGAGAUUCUUUUGGUGGGGAAAAAAUUAUAUAUUAUAGGGUGGUAAGAGAAGGCAACAAUAUCUUAAAUAGGUUUCCAGGCUUCCUAUUUUCCUUGGCUUGGCUGCUGGUCUGUCAGGCAUGUACAUGACAAGUACUUGCCCUGUUGACUAAGGGAAUGUCACAGUCUCUUUGAGACUGCGAAGGUGGAACUGAGCAGAGCUUUCUACCUUCCACCCUUGGCCAUCGAUCCUUGGUAAAAAGUCAAGUGUCUGCUUGUUCGUGAAUACACUCCUUGUGAUGAUUGUUGGUACUAAGUGUAUAUUCUGUACCAGCUGCUGUUUAUUGAUUGCUAUCUUAGUAGCUCAGGAAAACCAGUAGAUUCCCAGACAUCGCGAAGUGAAUCUGAAAUUGUGCCAAAAGUUGCUAAAAUGACUGUAUCUGGAAAGAAGCAAACUAUGGGAUUUGAAGUGCCUGGAGUAUCUUCUGAAGAAAAUGGUCAUAGUUUCCACACACCUCAAAAAGGACCACCCAUUGAAGAUGCCAUUGCUUCUUCUGAUGUUCUUGAGAUUGCUUCUAAACCUGCUAAUCCACCCCACACGAUUCAAGCAUCAGAAGAGCAGAGUUCAACCCCAGCACCGGUGAAAAAGUCUAGCAAGCUAAGGCAGCAAAUAGAUGUGAAGGCGGAACUGGAGAAACGGCAAGGAGGGAAGCAGCUCCUCAACCUAGUGGUCAUUGGUCAUGUUGAUGCUGGGAAAAGUACUCUGAUGGGCCAUAUGCUUUAUCUUCUGGGUAAUAUAAACAAAAGAACUAUGCAUAAGUAUGAACAGGAGUCUAAAAAGGCUGGCAAAGCUUCGUUUGCAUAUGCAUGGGUCUUGGAUGAAACUGGCGAAGAAAGGGAAAGGGGAGUAACCAUGGAUGUUGGUAUGACAAAGUUUGAAACCACAACCAAAGUUAUUACAUUAAUGGAUGCUCCAGGCCAUAAGGACUUCAUUCCAAAUAUGAUUACAGGAGCAGCCCAGGCGGAUGUAGCUGUUUUAGUUGUAGAUGCCAGCAGGGGAGAGUUUGAAGCUGGGUUUGAGACUGGAGGACAAACACGAGAGCAUGGACUCUUGGUCCGUUCUCUGGGAGUGACGCAGCUUGCUGUUGCAAUUAAUAAAAUGGAUCAGGUUAAUUGGCAACAAGAAAGAUUUCAAGAGAUUACUGGAAAACUUGGGCACUUUCUUAAGCAAGCAGGUUUUAAGGAGAGUGAUGUAGCUUUUAUUCCUACAAGUGGUCUCAGUGGUGAAAAUCUAAUCACAAGAUCUCAGUCAAGUGAACUCACAAAAUGGUAUAAAGGACUAUGUUUAUUAGAACAAAUUGAUUCCUUUAAGCCUCCCCAGCGAUCUAUUGACAAGCCUUUUAGAUUAUGUGUGUCCGAUGUUUUCAAAGAUCAAGGAUCUGGAUUUUGCAUAACUGGUAAAAUAGAAGCUGGUUAUAUCCAAACUGGUGACCGACUACUGGCAAUGCCUCCUAAUGAAACUUGUACCAUAAAAGGAAUCACUCUGCAUGAUGAACCUGUCGAUUGGGCGGCAGCAGGCGAUCAUGUUAGUCUUACUUUGGUUGGGAUGGAUAUCAUCAAAAUCAAUGUUGGCUGCAUAUUUUGUGGCCCCAAAGUACCCAUUAAAGCUUGCACUCGUUUCAGAGCCCGAAUCCUCAUCUUUAAUAUUGAAAUUCCUAUCACUAAAGGAUUUCCUGUGCUGUUACACUACCAAACUGUCAGUGAACCCGCCGUUAUUAAACGAUUGAUUAGUGUCUUAAACAAAAGCACGGGUGAAGUCACAAAGAAAAAGCCUAAGUUUUUGACUAAAGGCCAGAAUGCAUUGGUAGAGCUACAGACACAAAGACCAAUAGCUCUUGAGCUAUAUAAAGACUUUAAAGAGCUGGGGAGGUUCAUGCUACGUUACGGUGGUUCUACAAUAGCUGCUGGUGUUGUCACUGAGAUAAAAGAAUGAUGGGUCAGAAUUUCUACCAUGUUUCCGGAUCCAGUGAAAUAGCUAACCUCUGUUUCAAGAAUCCAGUUAUUAAGUCAAAGGAACAGUGUGCAGUUGGUAUUUUUUUAGAUGAGAGAGAAAAAUUACAGCUAAAAUUAGCUGCAAAGAAGUAUUAAUAAUCACCUCUGCAAAAAUUCUAAGUUGCCAACUGGCAAAGAAAGGCUAAUGUUAAAAACAACUUUGCCUUUGAAAUGUUAGUAAAUGGAUUUACUUUGCUGAGAUUUAUGGCAAGUGUCAAAAAUAGUAUCCGAAGAUACUGAAUCAUCAUGAAAUGAACUCUACUUCUGGCCAAAGCACAAUGUAUUUGCAGUUUUCUCUUUUGAUUCAAUUAUACUGCACAUGUUUUAAGGAAAAGUAACUUAAUUGGGUUUUUCAGGCAGUUGAUAUUUGACCUAAGCUUUUUUUUUUUUUUUUUCCAGUUAACGCUAAGAAAAGAUUUGGGGAAGGUUAUAAUAAAGGUAUUUUGUGGUGACCACAAGAAUGUCCCUCCCCAAACAGGUAAACUUGUGAAAGUUUAAUUUGGAAUUAGUGGAAGCUGUUCCUUUGAAAGCCAAGAUAUUAUUUAAGUUGUAAAGCCAGCUAAUAAAAUGCCUUAGUUUGAGCAUAAUACAAA